AUGUCAAAAGCAAAGUGUAAACAAGCAUUACACGUGUGUUUUUACAGAUUAAUUUUAAUAAAACAAUUUAAUUUAUAACAUUAUUUACGUUAAAAUGAAGGUUGAAAAGAAGAAACGUUAUUUCCAAAGUGAAGACGAGAAGAAGCCCGUAAUAAAUAAAGAUAAUGUUGAAGUAUACACCAUCAAUACUAAACAAACUGCUCGUAAGCAUAAGAAAACAAAAAACAAAAUCAUCAAAAAGAAAGAUGAAGUUAAACCACAAAAAUACCCUGGCAAAGCUCCCGUAGACCCAAAGAAAUUAGAAAACCAUUCCCGUGGUGAAGGAUUAAAUCCUAAAAAGGUCAAACAUCCAUUACAUGCUGCUAAGUUGAAGAAAAAGGAAAACAAGUUAAAUUAUGCUCAGAAACAGGCAGCUAGAGCUGAAAUAUUAUUGACAGAAGAACAAGGGUUGCUUGAAGUAGAUGAAGGUUAUAAAACAACAGCUAUAUCCCAAAAGGUGAUAGCAGAGAAUGUUGACAUAGCAGCAGCCACAAAGAUAUUUGAGCUGAACCUUGAUUUUGGUCCGUACCGUGCAAAGUAUUCGAGGAACGGCAGACAUCUACUUCUCGGAAGCAAGAGAGGACAUCUCGCUGCUUUUGACUGGGUGACUAAAAGGCUACACUGUGAAAUGAAUGUCAUGGAAUCUAUACACGACAUAAGUUGGCUUCAUGUGGAGACCAUGAUAGCAGCAGCCCAGAAGGAAUGGUUGUACAUUUACGACAACACAGGCAUAGAAUUGCAUUGUAUAAAAAGAAUGGACAAGAUUUUACGCAUGGAGUUUCUGCCCUAUCAUUUUCUACUAGCUGCUGUUAAUGAAUUUGGUUUUAUGACAUGGCUUGACAUAUCAAUAGGAGAAAUAGUAGGGCACUAUAACAACCGUCUGGGAAGAACUGCUGUCAUGACUCAGAAUCCGUACAAUGCUACAGUAUGUCUGGGAAACUCUAAAGGUGUGGUGUCACUUUGGUCUCCGACAGUCAGAGAUCCUUUGGCCAAGAUAUUGUGUCAUGUAACUCCACUAACUGCUAUAGCAGUUGACAACAGAGGAAUGUACAUGGCCACAGCAGGUGUAGACCGCAGCAUGAAGGUUUGGGACAUCAGAAAUUUGGAUGGGCCUGUACAACAUUACAAGCUGAGAACAGCUCCUGUGGAUUUGGAAUUCUCACAAAAAGAUAUGCUAGCUGUUGGAUUAGGUGAUGUUGUAGAAAUAUACAACAACUGCUGCACACAGUCUGUAGAUAGGCCAUACUUGAGGCAUAGAAUGGGAAAAACAAUCAAUAACUUUAAAUUCUGCCCAUAUGAAGAUGUGCUGGGCAUUGGAACCUCACAUGGGUUCAGUAGUAUUAUUGUACCAGGAAGUGGUGAGCCUAACUUUGAUGCUUUGGAGAGCAAUCCCUUCCAAACUAAGAAGCAACGGAAAGAAGCUGAAGUCAAGGCCUUGUUGGAGAAGAUUCCUGCAGAACUUAUCACGCUCAAUCCAUUCGAGAUUACAGAAGUUGAUGUGCCUACUAUGCAGGAACAGAUGGAAGCCAAGAAGAAACUUCUGUACAUCAAACCCAAAAAGGUAGAUUAUACACCAAGGUUGAAAAACAAGGGAAAAACAAACAUUGCAAGAAAGAAGAUCAUAAAGGAUGCCGCUAGAAAGGAAUUCAUUGAACAAGCUAAGGAGGCCAAGAAAUUGCUGGAUUUACCAAGUCAACCAAGUGCGCCUAAGAAGUCUUUUGGAGUAUUAGAUCGCUUUGUACCAAAACCUAAAACUAAGAAAUAAAAAACUAUUUUAUUGA